UAACACAACCAAAUCAAUGAGCCCUGCCGCUGCGCUGUCCGCUCUAACACUGAAGUCUUCCAGGAAGGUAUUAACCAUCGCGUCGCCAAAAUGUAGUGCCUGUAACGCUGCGGAAAAUAGGAAAACAAAGAAGUUGCACGAAAAUUCAUUGACUCUGUGAAUUAUGGAUUUACAGAUAAACUGAAAUAGUGCGUUUGCUGCGAUUUGUCAUUGUCAAAACACUGAAGUCGGAUGCUCGCUGUUUUACGCGUUUAUUUCACGGAAAAAAAGGGGAAAGGAAAGUGGAAACAGGAGAACUUCCUGAAUUUGAACAAGACAUGUCCGAUUCCCCUUCGCAGAUCAAUAUCAAGCAGGAGAGGAGCACGUUCAGUCCCUCUGCCAGUCCGCUGCCAAACUCCACUUCCUCUCCAGGCCAUGGCCCUCUCUCCCUGACUAAUGCCAGGACAGACGAAGAGCCAGCCAGACUGCCUGGACACCUGCGUCUGCAGCCCGUGCUGUGGAGCAGGGAAGAUGUGGGACAGUGGCUGCGCUGGGCAGAGAGAGAGUUCGCUCUGCGGCCCAUCUCCAGCGGAAGCUUCCAGAUGAAUGGAAAGGCCCUCCUCCUGCUCACUAAGGAGGACUUCCGCUACCGUUCACCCCAUUCAGGGGAUGUCCUGUAUGAACUCUUGCAGCACAUACUGAAGCAGAGAAAGCCCCACUCCUCCCUCCCUUCCACAUGUUACCCUGGAAACCCUUUCCACUCCCUGCCCGAUGCAGCACUUCAGCACCACAGACUUGAGGAAACGGUACUACGAACCCCACGUGGGACAGACACUCUCCUGACUCACCCCCCUACUAUCGAACUCCGACACCGCUCCCGCUCGCCCCACCAUGCCGCACCCCGGCGCUCCCCCGCAGACCCGCCUCUCCCCCACCCUGGCUCAGCUGAAGACUCACAACAGACAUCCUCCCAGCUGCCCGACAGCAACAAUCACCUUCAUGAUGAUCUGUACCCAUUGUCGGUGUCUCCCACAGCCCCCAAUGGGCAUUGUCCCAUGCCCCGUGACGCCCUACGGCCAGGCAGCCCCUGCCAGGAGGAGGUUCCGCCGCCUCGCGUCAUCCAGCUCAUGCCCAGUGCCAUCAUGCACCCGCUACUCCUCAGCCCCGGGCGAGCAGGCGUGCCGGGUGACUUCCGGCAUGGCCGGGCGGCUCCCCAGGAAAAUGGCAGAGAGGGGAAGGCCCAUCACCAUCACAAUCACCAUACUCACCAUCCACCCCCCCACCACCCACUGAGCCUGGCAGGGCACCAGCAGGCACACCAGCUCCAUGCGGCGGAAGAUGCCCGCUACCGCAAUCAGAUCAUCAUGCCUGUCUCACCGCCCGAUGAGCAAGGCAUACCCAUUGGACGCAUCGCUGAUUGCAGAUUGUUGUGGGACUACGUGUAUCAGCUGCUCUCGGACAGCCGUUAUGAGAACUACAUCCGCUGGGAGGACCGUGACACCAAAGUGUUUAGAAUCAUUGACCCCAAUGGUCUGGCUCGACUGUGGGGAAACCAUAAGAACAGGACAAACAUGACAUAUGAGAAGAUGUCAAGAGCACUAAGACACUACUACAAACUGAAUAUCAUUAGGAAAGAACCAGGACAGAGACUGCUUUUCAGGUUCAUGAAAACCCCAGACGAGAUCAUGAGCGGACAGACGGACCGCCUGGAACAUCUCGAGUCAGAUACAGAUGAUCAAAUAUAUGUUAAGGAGGAGUGCUGAGUGGUGACGCACACAGAGAUGAACUUUUAAAGCCGUUGAUGCCUCACCAAUGUUUUGCUGACUUCAGUAUCAACCAUGCAGGCCUGGACAUUUGCUCAGAUUAAGUGGGAAGUAAUCCUAGAAAUCUGGAUAUUUACUGCACUGUUUUCUAUGCUGAUUCUUGAUAAUCUAAUUCAGUUUUACUUUUACAAUAUGGUCUAUGCUUAAGGAGAGCAAAACCUAAAUAUGACAAUCAUUUUAUUGAUGAAUAUUCCUUUCUUUUGCAAAUUGCCUCUUUAAAAUUCCUGGCACAAUUAAUUAUUUCAAGCAUUUUUCAUUACAGACAAUUUUUUGGGUGGUAGGGGGGAUUAGGUGUAUUGUACAUGCCAAUGAUGCCAUUUCUGUAAAGAAAAAAGUCAUUUAAAUUCAGUUCAAAAAUAAAAUUUAAUUUCAGUCA